GUACAAAAGGAUAUUCUAAAGCGUCUGUCAUUGCCGUUUGAUGAUGAUGAGUCUGUUGAAAGGACCGCCAGUAGAAUUUUUCAAGGAUUGUGAAAUAUGAAGUAUUUGCUGCUUCUAGAUGACUUGUGGGAAAGAAUGGAUUUGGAAAAAAUAAGAAUUCCCCAUCCAAGCAAAGAAAAUGGGUGCAAAUUGAUAAUAACAACUCGGUCCAAGGAUGUUUGUGGUAAAAUAGAGCUUGAUGAAGUAAUUAAAGUUGAAUUCUUAUCUGAUGAAGAGGCAUGGAACUUGUUUCGUGAAAAGGUCGGCAACGUUGUGGAUUCAUCAGAGGUUAUAAGAGAAAUAGCUACAAAGGUCGUUCGAAAAUGUCGAGGUUUGCCACUUGCCAUUAUUGUAAUUGGAGGGUGCUUAAGAGAUAAGAAAGGGCUAAGUGAAUGGAGAAAUGCAUUGAAGGAGUUGAGAUCAAAUAAGUACGAAACUAAUGAUGAGAUGGAAGAAUCUGUGUUUAAGAUAUUGAAGUUCAGUUACGACCAAUUAAAAAGCAACAAUAUCAAGAACUGCUUUCUAUACUGUGCUUUAUACCCGGAGGACUAUGAGAUUGAUGUAACAAAAGUUGUACAACGUUGGUUUGGAGAGGGUUUCAUUGAUGAUGAUGGUCGUGAUUUUUCAAGGUUGGAUGAGGCAUAUGAUAGAAGACAUUCUAUAAUAAAUUACCUAAAAAAUGUUUCAUUGUUGGAAGGAUUAGUAGUUGCUAAUCCUGUUGGGAUGGUAGGAACAGUCAAGAUGUUGAACAGUGAUGGCCACUGA